CGUCACCGCAGAAGAAGCGCUCAGGUGUCCCGGAUGUUCCCCGGAAUCGGGAAGUCAGUCAUAUGACAACAAACCGUUGUAAAGUCGAAAAGCUGAAGUUUCCGAUUUAAUCUGUAAAUAAAAUAAAAAUAAAACCCCCGAGACCGCAGUGUUUGAGACAGGAGCAUGGAGAAUGAUGAACUUUCGUCAGAGGAUGGGAUGGAUCGGAGUGGUCGCGUACCUGCUGCUUAGCCUCGCUGCACUUUAUUACAUGUUCGAGAUCAAUCAGACGUACAACCGUCUGACGUUGGACCACGUGGAGAAGAGCGCUGGGACACGCCCCCCUGUGCCCCGCCCCUCUGUGCCCCACCCUCCCGCCCCUGCAGACUCCGCCCCUCCGUCCUCCUGGAUGCAGAGCGUGAAGUCUCGGCUCCUCCUGCUGCCCUUCUGGUUGUGGGCCUCCAUCUUUCUCAUCCCGUACCUGCAGGUCUUCCUCUUCCUUUACUCCUGCACCAGAAACGACCCCAAAACCGUGGGCUACUGCAUCCUGCCCAUCUGCCUCGCCCUGCUCUGUAACAGACAUGCCUCCUUCACCAAGGCCUCCAAUCAGAUCAGCAGGCUCCAGCUCAUCGACACGUGAUGUAGGCGGGGCUUCGGCGUUGCUCGUUCACCGGACCAAUGAAAAACACGGAACGAGUGACGAUUUCUACGAUUUCUUCUCCUUACAGCUUUCUGUACAUCUUUCUACCUUUAUCUUCUUCUGGAAAUAAAUCUGUUCUCUAAAACCAUGAUGAUGAUGAUGAUGAUGAUGAUUUUAAUUUAACAGCCUGGGAAAAAAAAUGAAAUAAAUGAAUAUAAUUUUUAAUAUAUAUAUAAAAAAACA